AUGAGGCGUAAGACACACCAUGUGUAUGUGACGGAUCGUGCAGUGUGCAAUGGGGUAGUUAAAUUACUAGUUGAGUUUCUUAAUCAACGCUUUGCAUUGGAUGAAGAAACAGUGCGCAUUGCUAUACCAUUUGCAGCCCUGACGGCUAGGACAGCCAUCGAACUUAAAGAUGAACAUAAACUGCUCGGAUGCAACCGAUCUGUGGAAAACAUUGAUAGUCUUCGUAAAAUGUCAUUGCCGGAACAGGUGCGCUUUCUUGCAUCACCAAAUUUGUACAUUGAUGUGGCAACAAUAUUGGCUCGAAUUUUGGCUGUUAAACCGCACAGCGCUGACGUUGAGAGGCUGAUCAGCACUAGUACAACACUGAUGUCAAUAAAGAGUCGAUUGGGACCCCCGACUUGCUAUACUGCUGUGGUUAAAACGUACAGCUUUUUGAAACCUAUCCACACUGUUUCGUUGAUGAAACAUUCAAAGUUGCACUUCAGCUAUUUUUGCAAGCGUUUACAGUGCAUUCAGUUAUUGAUCACAGUGCUGUACCAUUUAUUUAUGAACUCCUUCAGUCAAAACAAGAAGAAGGAUAGUGUUACGAUGGAUCUUGUUAAGGCUGGUCAAAAUGCAAUAAGCACAAUAUUUCCAACCUGCAAACUAUUCGGUUGUUUAUUCCACUUUGGAAAAUACCUCUGGCGUAAAGUGCGAGAAGAAAAUCUUACUACUGCAUAUAGAGAAGAUAAAAACGUAGUUAUUGUAAAAAUGCUACUAGCUCUUUCAUUUGCUCCACCUGAGGAUGCCAUCACUGAGAUCAUUUAA